UAUUUUUUAAGUUUAGAAACGGUGAAACGAAUAAAUAACAACAAACCUCUCAACCACCCAAAGUCCCUUCUCUCGAAAUCAAACCCUGAGCACUCUUCACUCUCCUCUAGUUCUCUCCAAUUUUCAGUUCGGUUCCUCCCCUCCGAUCAGAAGACGCCGGCGACCACCGCUUACCCUCUCCGAUCAGACGACGACGGCGACUGAAACUCCGAUCAGACCAGCCACGCUCUAUCUCCGUUUUGGUUACUUGCUGUAUCGGUCUAGAGUAUUAUCAUUUUGAAAGGCAAAUGGCGACUUUUAUAAGGGCUCUUAACAAAGCUCAUCAAGUUCUAUACUUGAAAGCUUCCCCCACCAUUUUGAGAAGCAAAUCGAUGCCCCUUUUGCCUACUGCUUUCAUUGGGUUGAAGAAUCUCCAAAGAGAACUAACAAAUCGCAAUCAGAAUCACCAUGGUUGUUUCUCUAGUGUCCAUUUCUCUUCGACAAGUACAAAUCCUGACAUCGAUCUCUCAAAUGAAGAUAGCAAGAGGCAAUUAUUCAAUAGGUUGCUGUACCGGAGCAAACAACGAGGGUUUUUGGAAUUGGAUUUGAUACUUGGGAAAUGGGUAGAGGAUCACAUCCAUUCCUUAGAUGCAGAUGGUAUUCGAGCUCUAAUUAAUGUUCUUGACCUGGAAAAUCCAGAUUUAUGGAAGUGGUUAACAGGCCAAGAGCAACCCCCUGAAGCUUUGAAAACAAAUCCUGUAUUUACUGGAGUGAAAGAGAAGGUGAUAGACAAUCUCAACAAACAUGCCUCACCUGAGACAAGAACACCACCUGGCCAACAAUGGGUAAGGGGUUGGGAUGAUUUCAAGAAAGGUCGAGAUGGCCCCAUAACAGGAAAUCAGUAGCUCUUCCCUUUAACUUUAUGCCUAAUCUCUCUUUUAAGUAUAUAAGAACAGAAAAGCCCUGCUAAGGUUUCUAUAUAAAUGGUAGAUUGGGAAUAAGUUAAACCAACAAAGACUUUGAAGGGAACAUUGUUUAGUAUGUCUCUCCCUUUAAACCCUUGAUCUAUUGUAUAUUAAUAAUUUUUUUCCUUGUAUGCAUUUAACGGUAACUACAUUGUACCGAUCUUGAACACUUUGUUGUUUUGAUGUGCUUACCAAUAUAGAUUGUAUUUCUUUACAA